GUGCGUGGGCGUUAGUUCAACUGCAAAUAAAACACAAUUUUAUAUUUCUUCGCGGUUCUGGCGCUAGGACCCGGUGGACGCGCCUCAGCUGACCAGGCAGCCUGUUAAAUGCGACGCGAGACUUCAUGGCCCGCAGCUUUUUCAGCUUGUUGCGAAAACGGAUGUACGUUCUGUACCAGGCCCAUGUCUGAGGAGCCAGACAGGCGGUCACAUUUCAGCAGAAUCUCCGCUACGCUCGACUACGUUGGCUAAGCCAGAAGCAGCAGCAGCAGCGCAAGAUGGAGUGUCAGUGGAAGCCAGACGAGCAGGGACUCCAACAGAUUUUACAGCUGCUCAAAGAGUCUCAGUCGCCAGAUACGUCCAUGCAGAGAUCCGUCCAGCAAAGACUCGAGCAGCUGAACCAAUAUCCAGACUUCAACAACUAUUUGAUAUUCGUUUUGACGAAGUUGAAAUCGGAAGAUGAACCAACUCGGUCCUUGAGUGGGUUGAUACUGAAGAACAAUGUGAAAGCCCACUAUCAGAACUUCCCUAAUGGGGUUUCAGAAUUUAUUAAGAGCGAGUGCCUCCAAAACAUUGGAGACUCGUCUCCCCUCAUCCGAGCCACUGUGGGUAUCCUCAUCACCACUAUUGCCUCCAAGGGAGAGCUGCAAAACUGGCCGGAGCUUCUGCCUAAGCUCUGCCUGCUGCUGGAUUCAGAGGACUACAACACAUGCGAGGGAGCGUUCGGAGCCCUACAGAAGAUCUGUGAAGACUCCGCUGAGAUCUUGGACAGUGACAUGCUGGAUCGCCCUUUAAACAUCAUGAUCCCCAAGUUCCUGCAGUUUUUCAAGCACAGCAGUCCUAAGAUUAGGUCUCAUGCCAUCGCCUGCGUCAAUCAGUUUAUCAUCAGCAGGACACAGGCUCUAAUGCUGCACAUCGAUCCUUUUAUUGAGAAUCUGUUUGCACUGGCAACAGACGAGGAACCGGAAGUGAGAAAGAAUGUGUGCAGAGCUCUAGUGAUGCUGCUGGAAGUUCGACUGGACCGUCUGCUGCCACACAUGCAUAACAUCAUAGAGUAUAUGCUACAGAGGACUCAGGACCAAGAUGAAAAUGUCGCCUUGGAGGCCUGUGAGUUCUGGCUGACUUUGGCAGAGCAGCCUGUCUGUAAAGAAGUGCUGUGUGGACACCUCUCCCAGCUCACUCCAGUGCUUGUCAACGGGAUGAAGUACUCUGAGAUUGACAUUAUUUUACUCAAGGGUGACAUUGAGGAGGACGAAGCCAUCCCUGACAGUGAGCAGGACAUCAGACCGCGCUUCCACCGCUCGCGAACGGUCGCCCAGCAGCAUGAGGGUGACGGGAUCGAGGACGAUGAGGACGAGGAUGAUGACCUGGAUGAUGAUGACGACGACACUAUCUCUGAUUGGAACCUGCGAAAGUGCUCCGCGGCAGCAUUGGAUGUAUUGGCCAAUGUAUUCAGAGACGAUCUGUUGCUGCACAUCCUGCCCCUAUUGAAAGAGCUGCUUUUCCAUCCUGAAUGGGUAGUUAAAGAGUCUGGCAUCCUUGUGCUGGGGGCUAUAGCUGAAGGCUGCAUGCAGGGAAUGAUCCCAUACCUACCUGAGCUCAUUCCCCAUCUCAUCCAGUGUUUGUCUGAUAAGAAGGCCCUGGUGCGGUCCAUCACUUGCUGGACACUAAGCCGCUAUGCCCACUGGGUUGUGAGCCAGCCACCGGACAUUUACCUGAAGCCUCUAAUGACGGAGCUGCUCAAACGUAUUCUAGAUAGUAACAAGCGUGUGCAGGAGGCUGCUUGCAGCGCCUUUGCCACAUUAGAGGAGGAGGCUUGUACAGAGCUUGUACCAUACCUGGCGUUCAUCCUGGAUACGCUGGUGUUUGCUUUCAGCAAGUACCAGCAUAAAAAUUUGCUCAUUCUUUAUGAUGCCAUAGGAACACUCGCUGACUCAGUGGGGCACCACCUCAAUAAACCGGAGUAUAUUCAGAUGUUGAUGCCUCCACUGAUCCAGAAAUGGAAUCAGCUGAAAGAUGAAGACAAAGACCUCUUCCCUUUAUUAGAAUGUUUGUCAUCAGUAGCUACUGCCCUGCAGAGUGGUUUUCUGCCCUACUGUGAGCCUGUGUACCAACGCUGUGUAAACCUGGUCCAGAAGACGCUCGCUCAAGCCAUGCUUCACCAGUCGCACCCAGACCAGUAUGAGGCCCCUGAUAAAGACUUCAUGAUCGUGGCUCUGGAUCUUCUCAGUGGACUGGCUGAAGGAUUAGGAGGCACCAUUGAACAACUGGUUGCUCGUAGCAACAUCCUCACCCUCAUGUACCAGUGCAUGCAGGACAAAAUGCCAGAGGUGCGACAGAGUUCUUUUGCUUUACUGGGCGAUCUGACAAAAGCUUGUUUCCAGCAUGUCAAAGCGUGCAUCGCUGAUUUUAUGCCCAUACUUGGCACAAAUUUAAACCCAGAAUUAAUUUCAGUAUGCAACAAUGCAACAUGGGCAAUUGGGGAGAUAUCUAUACAAAUGGGGCCUGAAAUGCAGCCAUACAUUGCCAUGGUGCUGCACCAGCUGGUGGAGAUCAUUAACAGGCCCAAUACCCCAAAGACUCUACUGGAGAACACAGCAAUAACAAUUGGUCGUCUUGGUUACGUUUGUCCUCAAGAGGUGGCACCCAUGCUACAGCAGUUUAUAAGACCCUGGUGCACCUCUCUACGAAAUAUAAGAGACAAUGAGGAGAAAGACUCUGCGUUCAGAGGAAUUUGCACUAUGAUCAGUGUGAAUCCAGGAGGUGUAGUGCAGGAUUUUAUAUUCUUCUGUGACGCAGUCGCCUCCUGGGUGAAUCCAAAGGAGGACCUCCGAGAUAUGUUCUACAAGAUCCUUCAUGGAUUUAAGAACCAAGUGGGAGAGGACAACUGGAGGCGCUUCUCCGAUCAGUUCCCCAUGCCUCUGAAGGAACGGCUGGCAACAUUUUACGGGGUUUAAUUGUUUCUACAGCAGUGUCCCUCAUUAAUGGGGUCAUCACAAUGGGAGACUAUAGGGAGCCUCGUUUACCCAGGGAACAUGUUACCCUUUACUUGGGGGAAGGGUCUGCCUGCCGGGGGGAGGGAAGGGAUGCACUCCCCCCUCCCCAACCUGGUGGACGGGGUGGGUGGGAGGUGGUAGCCGCAGUGCUCCGAGCCCCUUUGCACCGGCAAGGAGGGAAAGGGACUGGCAGAGCAACCUUAUCAUGAGGCACAUUCAUAUAAUCACAUCACGAUCACAAAUAAUGGAAACUACCCUCUUCUCUCAAUUAAUUCUCCAAACUUACUUUCUGUCAACGAAACUACUGCGAGGAAAUAAGCCAAACUGUGGAACACACUGCAAAACUCUAUAAAGCAUUUGCUCUUUACGUUCUGUUGGUAAAGGGCAGAAAAUGACCAUGGCUAGUUUUAACUGAUCUAAAUUCUGCUCGUGAAAUCAAAGAUGUUCUUAUAAAUGGAGUUGAGGUUUUCUGUACGUACAGGGAUAGCUCAAAGUCAAGAAUGUAUGGUUUUGGCUCCCUUUAUGGGAGAGUGUCAUUUUACAAGGCUGUGCAUCAUAGAUUAUUUCUGUUCCUAUAUUUUAGCAGGGCCUCUGCUGAUUUAAAAUGUCACUGGAGAGUAGACGACUUUGUUUUAAGAGCAGCUUAUUGGGGGGAUAGGUAGCAUGCUUGUAUCAUUGUGAAAAGCUGUACAACUUUAGUGACGUGCAUUGCGUUUGAUGGCUGUCAUUGCCCUGUAAUGAGGUUCUUCUUUGACCUUGUAAUUUAUCUAUUAACAAUACUUUUUGUUUCCUGUACCAGAUAAUUACAGCAAUCAGCUGUAAUGUAGCAUGACUGGGUUUACAUGCUGGGUGUAGGUGAAACGUGUCGAGUCUUGGCUUUUAGGUAACAUUGGUGUCGGACUCCUCAGUUCAGUCCUGUGGUGUGACUGUGACACUGAUGUUCAUGAGCAAGCAUAUCAAGGCUUAAGAUGCUUACAAUCCUUACAAUCCAAAUAUUGUCUGAGCCUCGUGGAAGAAUAAUGAAGGAUGAACACAGGUUAAUGUCCUGUGAGCCUGUCGGUGUCUUCGUUCCUUAGACCUAAACGACACAAAUCUUGUCUUUGUGACUUUGACUGUCAGAACCAUGCAGUCCAUCAAAUCAAUGUUGAAUAUGUUUUUUUUCCCCCGUGUACUGAAGUUCUGUUCUUGGUUGUUUGGCUUCUUGUGCUAAAAGCAUGACCUUGAGGAUGACUGCGUAUUGUUAUGGGUGGUUGUCUCGUGGGAUACUUGGAUGCUUUCGUCUCUUGCAUGUUGGUGGCCCCUCACACCCCAACAUAUAGUGGGAGGGGGGAUCAGGGGAGGGAGGGAGGGAGGGAGGCUUCACCUGAAGGCUUCUACAUGACUCAUUAUCACAUCAACACUGGGAUGUUUUUGACUUCGUAGAAACCUCGCUGGAGUGUUCUCCUUAAAUGUUUGCCCCAUAGCUGGAUGUAUAGCUUUUGAAUACUGUGAAACUACAGCAAUGAUCUCGUCUCUGGUUGUUUUGCGCUGUUUUGUUUUAUGAAGUAUGUGAGUUACAGAUCGCCUGAAUGUAUUCCAUGAUGUGUUGGAGGAGUAGAAAGGCAUUUUUGUUGUUGUUAAUUGUGCCCAGCCAGUCAUUUUAUUUCCUCUGCUGGCCAGAGUAAUAACUGCAGUAUUUUACUCUUUUUACAUUUAUUAACUGCAGUAUUUUAACCUUUUUAGUGAUGCACUUUACAGUGCUUAAAGUUUAGAAUGUAGCCAGAUCCCUAGAAUAUAAUAAUUGUAUUAAUACGGAUCAUUAACAAAGUAUUGCUGCUAAAGUAUAGUUGCCCAAUACAAUAAAUAUGUUAAUACAAAUGGAUUAUUAGUUAAAUGUUAUUAUAUAUUUAACUGGUCUCCUCAAUUUGAGAAUAAUAUACUAAAUGGUGAUCUGUACAUCAUGGAAUACAGGGGCAAAUACUUGUAUGUGCCACAAUUUCUGUUUUGAGGUAAUUUUGUCUGUCACAUUCCAGCUGUCUGGCAUGCGAAAAUGGAGUGAUCAUAGCUUGAUGGGGUGUGUGUGUGUGUGUUUGCGUGCGCACAGUUCUUUUAUUUUUUUUCACUGAAAGAGUGUAGGUCUGUAAACACACCAUCCCACCAUUACUGUGCUGUAUUUCUGACUUGACUGCUGCUAUACAUUGUAGGCGUGUUUUCACUACUUGAAUAUGUGUUUUCUAUGUGUAAACCUCAGGUUGUCUGUGUUCAGUGUUAUUCAUUUUCCUCAUUUUCCCCAACAUGUACACCUUUUUUAUACAUCGCAUCUAAGCAACUAAAGAGUAGUAAAAGUCUUGCCCGUCGUAUUAAAAGGGGCCAGUUCGCUAAUUGAUAUUAGUUACAGUAUAUGCGUGUAACCGCUAGCUGUGAUUGAAAUUGCAGUGCAGGUGGACAGAAAAAUGAAAAUAGUAAUUCACACAUAAUUCACAUUCAUUUAUUGUUUAUUCAAGUGUUGAGACUAGAAUAAGUAUUUAGUGUGAAGUGUACAAACGGCUUUGAAGCAAAUACUUUGAGGUUUUGUUGGUGCUUUGCAAUAGAUCUACUGUAUUUAAAGAAACCGGUAACACCAAAUCAAGAAAUAGGUUGACAGCUUAAAACAUAAGAUAAACAAGGGUCUGCAAAUAUGUUUAACUUUGUAUGAAGCUUUAUUAAAAAAUGUAUUUUGUAAAGCACCCACCAAUAUUAAGGAAUGUCUAGUCAAAGGACCCCUGUAUUCCCAUUCUCAUUUAGCCUUCAGACUUGAUUAGACUGUCUCCCGCCGACUUUUUUUUUUUUUUUUGCUAAAGGAAAAAAGCAAAACAUAAUUUUGAUAGACAUGGUUUGAUUUAUUUUUUCUUUUUAAUAAGCUGCUGAAUUUUAAAAAAGUAAUACUUUUGGGGCCACCAAAUAUUUUGGAUCAUGCAAAGAAUCUAUAUUGUACUGUAGUAAUUUUGUAAUAUUUGUAAGAUGAUCUAGUGGGUGUGACUGGUUACCAUUGCUUGAAUCUGUACAUUGUUCCAAUAAAUUGUUUACAUUGUCA